AAGAACAAAAAAAAAAAAAAGUGAAAAAAAACCCACAAAAUUUUAAAUUUCUGUCUCUUUCUUCAACCUCUCUCUUGUUCCUCUCAAGUGUGAAUUGUGAAGUGGCCGCCGCCUCGAAGGACCACGAAUUCCCGGCCACAAAUCCGAUCACCGAGUUGAUCUCAAUUUAAUUACGUAAAACUCAAACUAGAUAAUGCUCUCUACAUUAUUCUAAGUACUCCGAUUUUCAUUUCUUCUCUUCAGCAAUAGUUUUCUAAAUCCAAAUAAGUUAGGGCUCGAAAUAAUCACCAAUGGUAUCGGCAGAGAGUAAUUCUCCAACGGCGAUGGUUACCGCAUCUUCCCCGCCAGCUGUUGAUGAAGUCGAGAUAAUCGACACCGUGACUCCAGCAAAGAAGAAGCGGAAUCUCCCAGGGAUGCCAGAUCCAACUGCGGAGGUUAUAGCUCUGUCGCCAAAAUCGCUUCUAGCAACAAACCGAUUCGUGUGCGAGAUCUGCAACAAAGGAUUCCAGCGAGACCAGAACCUGCAGCUUCACCGGCGCGGCCACAACUUACCUUGGAAGCUCCGGCAAAGGACGAGCAACGAAAUUCGAAAACGAGUCUACGUCUGUCCAGAACCUUCUUGCGUGCAUCAUAAUCCGGCUAGGGCACUGGGCGACCUAACCGGCAUUAAAAAGCACUUCUCUAGAAAGCACUGCGAGAAGAAGUGGAAGUGCGAGCGGUGCUCCAAGAAAUACGCCGUUCGAUCGGAUUGGAAAGCGCAUAUGAAAACCUGUGGGACUAGAGAGUAUAAAUGCGAUUGUGGAACUUUGUUUUCUAGGAGGGAUAGUUUCAUUACGCAUCGGGCUUUUUGCGAUGCUUUGGCUUUCGCCAGCUCGGAUACCAAUGUUAUUGCCGCCACCGCGGUGGUUGCUUCUUCGCCAUUGGCCACCGUGCCGGUGUCUCCUGGUUUGUCAAUUCAAAGCUCAGAACCACCGGACAUUCCCAUGGGGUCAUUAACACCAGCAGCGACAAGCUUAACCUCAGCCGUGGCCUCCACCGUUAACAUAAACAGCCCAACAAAUGGCGGUGGUGCAAGCUUUUUCGCUGGUGUAUUUUCUUCUCCUCCUCCCACUGUUACAAGUGCUCCCCCUAAUCCGCCCCAUCAACUCACCACCGGCGUCAACCGAUCAGACGGUGGCAAUGAUCCCUCUACCACCGCCUUUGAGCCCACAUCGCUCUCUCUCUCAACAUCCCUCUUCCUCUCAUGUAGAGCCUCAGCCUCAUCGGGCUCAACCUCAGCCUCUUCCAUUUUCCAAGACCAUACUCCACAUUACUCUUUGUCCCCUCAACCCGCCGCCAUGUCCGCCACUGCCUUGCUGCAGAAGGCUGCCCAAAUGGGCGUCACCAGCUCCAACGCCUCCUCUUUGCUUCGUGCCUCUGGGUUAUCGUUGUCGCAGUCUCCUGGCCCCGCCAUCUCCAUGACGGCUGGGCUCGGACUUGGAUUCGGCAACGAACCCACCACGCGGGAUCUCCUAGGACUGGGCAUGGGUGUAGGAGGAGGAGGAGGUGGUGGGGUUUCCGGCAAUGGUAUUUCUGCUCUUUUCACGUCGUUUGAUGGUUGUGACGUUGAAACUGCUUCGCCUUACGGCGGCGGCGGGAGUAAUGGCUUAUGAAAUUGGACCAUGGGCUCCGCCGGGUUCUGCAUCGGAUUCCGGUAAGGUAUGUGUAUAGGAAAAGGACGCAUGCAGGUUCUUGGUUACCACGUGGGUCUACAUUUUGCAACAGCGAAUAGAUUGUACAAUUUUCUCUCUCUCUCUUUUUUUUAAUUAUGUUAUUAUAAUCCCAAAUUUUUUGCUUCUUUUAUUUUCAAUUAAUGUUUUCUUUUCUCA